CUUCGCGCAAGUUGGGAGCUUCAAUCUGACUCUCUGUUCCCAUCGAAAUUCCGUACGCGCGUCAACUCGCAACUUUCGGUUCGCCGGUUAAGAUAACCUCGAUGUCAGACUCAAAAAUGUCGCAGACACAGUUAUAAACAUUUUUUGACCCGCACUUUGAAAGUUAAAAUGUAAAAAAUUGUGCUGUUUUCCGAAAAUUAAGUACUUAGUAUGAAGUGACUUGUUAACAAUUGUUAAUACACAAACAAGUUAAUGAUGAAGAGUUGCAUUUAUGUGCUGUUUAUAGUUUCGUUUAUAGGUCGUUCGUUAUCCUUUUUAAGUGGAGAGAAAGGAAAUAACAAGGAGGGUGGAAUGGAGCAAAUGUCCAACAAUUUCCUGACAAGUUUAUGUGAAAGGAACGAGAAAAAUGCUUUGUUAUUGGGUCAAACAUGCCUGAAGCAGCAAUGUACAUCAGAUAAAGACUGUCCGGAUAAAACCAAGUGCGUUUGCGAUGGAGCAUGCGGAAAAUCUUGCGUUGACCCAGAUUUAAUUUGUCCGUUGCCGGACGAGGUCCCUUUCGCUCAGUUGACUUCCAACGGGCGCGCACACGGAGCCACGGCCCUCUACACGUGUCAUCAAGGAUAUUUCAUGGUUGGAACGGCGACGAGGUCCUGUCAGGGAGACGGGAAGUGGACGGGAGACAGCCCCGUCUGCACUGCAAACGUAAACUCAAGAGUGCUGAGAGCAGCCGAUGGCAGCACUACUACCACCACCGCCACCCCAGAUGAUGACGACGAUGACUGGGAGGAAGAAGAUUCUUCGGAAAUUGAUGAUGAUGGAAGGAUUUAUAAGAACCCGAGGAAUUCACCUUCCACGUUGUGUCCGAGAGACGAAGAACAAGCUACUCUACUGGGUCAAAAAUGUUUAAGAAAGUGUUCUUCCGAUGAAGAUUGCAAGAGUAAGAAGAAGAAGUGUUUGUGUGAUGGAGCUUGUGGAAUGUCCUGUAUAAAACCAGAUCGGGAAUGCCCCGAGCCCGAGGAAAUCGCCUUCGGAAGCGUGAGCGCGAGCGGUCGCCUGUUCGGCGCUAGGGCCACGUAUUCCUGCCAGCACGGCUACCACGUGGUCGGGCUGCAGAGCCGAUCCUGCCAGGCGGACGGGAAGUGGGCCGGAACGGCGCCCGCCUGCAAACAGAACAUUUAUUGUCUAAGUCCUCCGACUAUCGACCAUGCAAGACAGAACGCGCUUGCAGAACAAACCACUUUCGACUUGGACUCGACACUGCAAUACUACUGCCACACAGGCUACGUGACUAAUGGAUUUCCCAGGGCGAAAUGCUUGGCAAUAGACGGACAAGCCUCCUGGUAUGGACCCGAUAUAUCUUGUGAACCUCGGUCGUGCGGCGCGCCGACGGACAUCUCUCACGGCUGGCACGCCGGCGAGUGCUACACGUACGGGUGCCGCAUCACUUACCACUGCGCCGAGGGCUACGAGCUCGUCGGCAGGAACGAGCGCUUCUGCCAGGCGGACGGCACCUGGAUGCCCAAGGAGUUGCCCACUUGCGUUCUGGUAACUGCGGUCCAAUGCGCCCCCCCGGAAAACCCCCGCCACGGUAAAGCAGUAUACACAUCUUGCAGCUACAACUCGGUGGUGAGCUACGAAUGCAAAUAUGGCUACACGUUACUGGGAGAAAGCACCCGAAGAUGCGGGGCAGAUAAAAAAUGGAGCGGUACCCAACCUACUUGUAAAGAAAUAAACUGUGGCCAUCCGGGUCGCCUUUGGAAUGGGUGGCUGGAAAACAUCGAAGGUGGCACUGGAUUGGGGGCCUCGAUUAUUUUUAGGUGUCACGAGGGUAUGUUGCUCGAGGGUAACACAUCUACAGUAUGUCAGAUAGAUGGAAAGUGGCGGUAUCCACUACCUAGGUGCUUUGCACCUUGUGUGGUGCCACAUGUAACCCAAGGUAGGGUGAUUUUGGUGUCCAGAAAUGACACAGCCACGACGUCAACGGUGGUUCAACACGGAGAAGCUCUUGAAGUCGAUUGCAACGAUCAGUACGAGUUUUUGGCAAGUGUUUUGGAAGUAACUUGUAAUAAUGGCACCUGGACUCACAUACCUAAAUGUGAACCUGCUAGGUGUAAGUUUUUACCAAAGUCGCCUAAAUAUGGCAUGGUAAUGGCUCCUAAAAUGGAGCACGGUAUGAAAGCUAGAUUUAAAUGUAAAGACGGCUACAGCUUAAAAGGUAAUCCUUUGGUGCAAUGCUACUUUGGAAAUUGGACCGGGGAAGCACCAAAAUGCGAAGAAGUGUAUUGUCCGUAUCCCGGCAAUGUAGACCAUGGUAAAAUCCUAUUAGUUGGUAAUAUGGGUUUGUACGAUUACCGUCCUUACGUGAGAAAAGUGAUAAAUAACAAGCAAAUUAUGUAUGAUUGUGAUAAGGGAUACGUGUUAUCAGAAGGUCCACCAGGUGCUACUUGCAUUGGAGGCAGGUGGAGUCCAGGUCAACUACCAACGUGUUUACUGGGCCAACAUCCCAGAUUACGUUGGAAUAGAAGGCGAAGAUCCAUAGUGGUGGAAAAAUAUAAACGAGCAUUUAUACGCCACCACAAACUCCACUACCACAACCGGGAAAAACGAAACGUCCACAACUACCUUCACGAACUGGAAGAACUCUUCGACGUGAAAAAACUCAAAAAACGCACCUCCAUAAAAACCUUAUCGAAACGUCUAUCAGAAGCCAUAGAGCGAUACAAGCGCGCUCUGAAGGGUGGAAGCAGCAGCAGAACCUUCGGGAACGCGCACAAGAGCUCGAGCAACUCCUUGAACCUGCGGAGAGGCAACAAGAAGAACAAGAACAACAUCGACGAGGAGGAGGAGGAGUACGCCAUCUCCAAGCCGCCUCCCAAGCACAAGAACAAAGGCCCGUGCGACGCGCUGUCCAGCGAGCCCUUCGUCAACGUGGAGAUCGUGAAGCACGGCAAAGAUCCCAACGCGUCUUUUAGUUCCGGUACGGUGGUUAAGAUGGCGUGCGGCGUCGGAUACGGAUUGAAUAUGCCGGAGAAUAAGACUGCCAAGUGCAUGAGGGGAAAGUGGAAGCCGGUGAAGCCCGUCUGUCUAAUAUUACCUUGUUUCGCUCCGAUAACAGAGAACGGCAUUUAUAUGCUAUCGAAAAGCAACUUGCCGGAAAACUCCACUCUUGAUCCGGACGUUCCUCUGAACGAGACGAUCAGUAUCGAGAACGGGCAAGUGGUCGAGUUUAGUUGCGAGGAAGGCUAUACGGUGCAGGGUCCGUCCAAUUUGCGUUGUUGGCAUGGUGACUGGACGGUCACUAGUAUGCCAGAGUGCACGCCAGCUCCAUGCCAGCUCCCAAAAAUCAUCAACGGUCAAUACCUGUCGGGAUAUCGGGCGGGAUUAACCAUAGCGAACGGGUCCAGCGUGACGUUUCAGUGCGACACCGACUACACCACUUCGGCAGCUCAAACCGUGCAAUGCACUUUGGGUCAGUUGUACCCCUCGACGCCUGUGUGCACCCCCGAACCGGGAAGCGUCGGCAUUUUGGAGAACAAGGUCGUCAAAGUGCCCGAGUAUUUCAGCGGCAGCGAUAUUGUGAGAGGGGGAGACAUCACGGUGGUGGAUUAUGGAACUUUAUCGGGGAAAUAUUGUGGACCUCCAGCAAAGGUCCGCGGGUCCCUAGUGUAUAAGAACGGCGAACCGCUCGUCGACGACGAACACAAUUUUCCAGACGGAACUGAAGUUACAUUCAACUGCAUCGAGAGCAUAAUGGGCGAGAGAACUACGUGGAAAAUCAUUUGUGAGGACGGCAGCUGGAUUGGCAGAUCAUUUAAUUGCGACGAAGACGAUUUGACGUCGAAAUCAGAUUUGAACAAUAACAGCACCUGCACCUUUCGCAACCAAGAGCCGAACGUGAUUUCUUUCUACAAUGAUCAGCAGAUUCGCGAGGAAGUGGUCGAGUUUCCGGCCGGGGCCGUGCUGAUCAGCAGGUGUCAGGAUAUUGGAAAAUAUGCCAUGAUAGGUCCUGAUAAGAGGAGGUGUAUGGGUGGUGAUUGGGAUGGCACUAAACCUGCAUGUUUUGGUUUGAAUCAAGAAAACGACUACUCAAUGGAGAAACCUCCAACAAUUCUCUUCCGACAUCAACUUGGACCCAUUGCUCAAUCCAACGAUGGGAAACUUAUUGUCUAUCCGGGAACCAUACUGCACAUGGAAUGCUUGUGGAUAAGAAGAUUUGGUAACCCCAAAUGGACCAUCAGUCACGAUUAUAGGAAAUACCCGGAAGGCUGGUCGACCGAUCCGGGACGUGAUUCUCAAUUAGAAUACAGAUUAUCCAUAUUUCACGCGACAAAAGAUGAUUCUGGACUAUUCACAUGUGUGACUCCGGCCAGGUACACACAUUCAGUUGAGAUUGAAGUUAAAGCCGUUCAUUGUCCCGGCGUGCCGCAACGUCGCGGGCUGGCGGUGAGUUCUCAGAAGACAAAGAUGAACUCCCGCAUAAAAUUCUCCUGCAACAACGGAAACUCGCUGAUAGGCGCCGCCGACAUUACCUGCCUUCCUUCCGGCAACUGGAGCUCCCCGUUUCCUAUCUGCGAAAGUGUAGAGUGCGGUGAAGUCGGCCCUGGUCUGGGGGCCCGAUUAAAAGCCCUCGUGGUGUCGAGAGAAGUAGGAGGCAGGGCCGUAUUCAGCUGCGAUUCUGGGUUCGGAAUAAGAGGCCCACAGGAAACAGUGUGCCAGCCCAAUGGAGAGUGGGCCCUUCCUUACCCAGUCUGCGAAGAGGUGACUUGCGAUCUUCCUACACCACCUGAUAAUGGUUACAUUCAAGGAACUGGCCCCUACAAAGCAGGGGAUGUUAUACAGUUCAAUUGUAAUCCUGAUUACAUGAUGGAAGGGCAGCCGAUCAUAGCCUGCCAGGAAAACGGGCGGUGGUCUGGAAAAUUGCCAAAAUGUCUGCAAGCGUGUUCUUAUCCCGGCACGACCAUAAGCGGAAGAAUGUCCGCCGUCAAGUUCUACUACAAGAUCGGGGAGAACAUUACGUUCUCCUGCGACGAUGGCUUGCAACUGAAAGGAGCGGCGAUGUUGAAAUGUCUUCGUAACGGAAAAUGGUCGAAUGCGAUUCCGACCUGCUUCUCGAACGGCGGCAGAUAAACAAUGCAGAAGAUGUCUUCGAUGCAUUUUGAAUUCAAGCAACAACGACUUGUCUUGUCCAUGAUUUAUGGAUUUUUAGUUAGUUAUAAAGCAUUCUCGAAUCCAUAUUUUACAAUACAAGUAUUAUUUGUGCAAUAGUCGUUAGAAUGAGUAUGAAAAAUACCAUAUUUUGGUACAGAUUAAGUUUUUUUCAUCUUUUCAUUCAUUCCUUCAGAUUAAAGCUAUUGCUCUUUUUCCUCAAAAUCGUCGCUUAAAGUCACAGGGUUUUGAAUCUGGAGAAUACAGAGGAUGCGCUAGCAAUUUCCAGUUUUUGAUGGUGAAAUAUGCUGGUGUAGAUUCCCAUGCCCAAGUAGCAGAACUGGUUAAAUAAUUAGCAUUCUAAGUAAAUUAACUAAAAUCUAAGUAAAAUAAGGUUUUUUAAACUUGUUUUUUACCAAUUAGUUAUAUUUAACCAUGAACUAAAAAAUAUCCCUUUAAAUUUACCAACCGGUUGCUAUAACCUUAAGGUAACUUCAGAAGUUAUUUUUAAGUAUAAUUUAACCAAUAAAAUAUACCUAUGUAUAUAAAUAUAGACUCACAGGCAAAAUAAUC